AUGGAAGUUCCAGGUGAAAAGGGACCAUAUGCUUGUGUGGACUGUGGAAAAAUGUUUGUUAAACGAGGAAAUCUAAACGCACACAGGAAACUUCACAUUGGUGGCAAUCAGUUAGCUUGUCCUCAGUGUGGAAAAUGCUUUUUAUUACAAAGUGUGCUAAAGAAGCAUUAUAAAACUCACUCGGGAGAGAAACCAUUCAGUUGUAAAAUAUGUGGGAAGGGUUUUAGUGAGAAACGUAAUCUUCUAGUGCAUACCAGAGUGCACACAGGAGACAGACCGUUUGCUUGCAGUGAGUGUGGGAAAGCUUUCAGCAAGAAAAGCAAUCUGAAGGUUCAUACCAGAAUUCACACGAACGACAGACCUUUCAGGUGCGACGAAUGUGGAAAAGGUUUUAUGGAGAAGAGUAGUCUUAAUAAGCACUUCAGAGUUCACACAGGGGACAAACCGUACUCAUGCAAACUGUGUGGUGGCAGAUUUACUGAGAAGGGAACUCUCAAAAGGCACAGUAGAAUUCACACUGGGGACAAACCCUUCAUGUGUACUGUAUGUGGAAAAUUCUUUGGAGAAAAGGGGAACUUGAAAGUUCACAUGGGUAUUCAUGCAUUAAACAAACCUUUCACUUGUACUGAGUGUGGGAAGGGCUUCUGCGAAAAGAGUCAUUUUAACAAACACAUGAGGAUUCAUACGGGUCAGAAGCCAUUUGUGUGUGUGGAAUGUGGAAGAGGAUUCAGUGAAAAGGGGACUCUCAACAGACAUGUUGAAAUUCAUAGAAAAAAGAAAUUUUACACUUGUAAGGUUUGUGGUAAAGGCUUUAAAGGGAGAGGAUACCUUAGGAAACAUGCCAAAGUUCAUUUUGAAGACUCGCUCAUCUCUGAAGAAAGAACGGGCGACGGAUGCCUGAGUAACCUGUUGGUAACGCUGAAAGAGGAGAAAAGUGAAUGGCUUCCGGACAGUGAUAACGAGGCAGAGAUGGAGGACAAGGAUCCUUUGUGUUUAGAAAGUGAGGAAAGCACCAGCUCCUCAGAUUCCUCAGAUGACAGUAUUGUGAAGAAGGAAGAUGCUUUAUCAGAAUCAGAUACUUUUGAAAUAAAAAAUGAAGACUUGAGUGAAAACAAUGACAAGUUAUCAUAA